CUCAUUCAACGAUCCAGGUAUCCCGGUUGGGCUCGAGACCAGAACUGUUUGGAUUUAACAGUCCGUGGACGGCCCGAGUCUGAGAGUCCGGUGUCUGGACAUAAAGGCGGGACCCAGAAGACGGGGUGGGGCGUAGGAGAAGCCUUCCCCGCAAUGUGGCACGCGCUGGUCCUGCUGCUGCUGCUCUCCUGUACCUCGAUACCCCCCUCCACUGCAGCCCCAAUCCACGAUGCUGACACCCAGGAGACUUCCUCGGGUUUUCUAGGCCUCCAAAGACUACUCCAAGACUUUGUCGGACUUUUCCUGAAAGAUGACCUGCUACAGGGCACAGACAGCUUCUUCCCUGCCCCCAUGGACUUUCCGGGCCUCCCUAGGAACUAUCAUCAAGAGGAGAACCAGGAGCGCCAGCUGGGGAACAACACUCUCUCCACCCACCUCCAGAUUGACAAGGUGACCGACAACAGCACAGGAGCUGUGUUGAUCUCUGAGAAAGUGGUGGCAUCCACUGAGCAAGGGGAGAACUUGGAGAGCAACUCAAAGGUACCCAAGAUAGAGAAGGAGAUCCUGGUGCCCAUCCCAAAGACCACGGACAGCACACACCCAGAUCCUCACCCGCGAGUGGCCUUCUGGAUUGUGAAGCUGACACAGCGAAGGUCGCAUCAGAAUGCCCAGGAGGGGGACCGCUGGCUCAGUGAGAAGCAACACCGCCUGCAGGCCAUUCGGGACCGCCUGCAGGCCAUCCAGGAAGGGCUCCGAGAGGGGGCCCCAGAGGAAGUCCUUCAGGAAGGGACCCAGGGCUCCUCCUACUUCAAGCUGCCUGCCCGCAAGACACGCUUCCUGUACAUUCUCAAGCCCUCCCAGCAGCUAUAGGGGUGGAGACAGAGGAACACCUGCAUGUACCCCCCACCAAACCCCACCCCAAGCUCCAUAUGGAAAUAAAGUUCUUCUAUCUAACA